AUGCCUUCAAGGAAAAGUGAACCACCUCCCUAUGGCUCCAACAAACAUCGGAACAGAUCUGCCCAUACCAUCUCAUACUACCCCAACGAUGAACUCCUGCACUACUAUCGUUGGACUUCUCCUCCAGGAAUCAUUAAAAUCAUGUCUAUCAUCAUUAUCAUCAUGUGUGUGGCUAUCUUUGCCUGCGUGGCCUCAACUCUAGCCUGGGAUUAUGACAUGAACAACUUUGGCUUGGGAGGGCUUGGAGUUGGUGGGUCGUAUGGUGGGGGCAUUGGAGGUGGUUACGGAGGUGCUUACGGUGGAAGUUACGGUGGAAGUUAUGGUGGAAUAGGCAGUUCUUACGGUUCCGGCCUGGGAGGUUCCUAUGGUUACGGCUAUGGAGGGGGAACCCAAAUGGACCCUAAGUCGGGCAAAGGCUUCAUGAUCGCCAUAGCGGCCAUCACCUUCAUCGCCAUCCUCAUCAUUUUCAUCCUGGUCAUCUCCCGUCAGAGUUCGGCCAAGUCGCCCACUUUCUACUUGGCAGCCAUCAUCAUCAGCGCCAUUUUGGCUCUGCUGAUGCUCAUUGCCACCAUUGUCUAUCUGGUUGCAGUGAACCCCACGGCUCAAAGCUCAGGAUCAAUGAUGUACAACCAGAUACGACAGCUCUGUGCCCAGUACCAGACUCAGACCCAGGCCUCUGGUAUCUUCAUCAACCAGUACAUGUACCACUACUGUGUGGUAGAACCCCAGGAGGCCAUUGCCAUUGUUCUUGGCUUUCUGGUCGUGGUGGGACUGAUCAUCUUGCUGGUGUUUGCGGUGAAAACCCGAAGCAGCAUCCGUCGCUACGGUAGAGACCGUGUGCUGUGGGAGGAGGUGAAGAUGUUGGGGGAUGUUGGUCAUCACAGCAUUGGAGAAUGGGUCAAUAAUGUAUCAGGGGAUCCAGAGGCUUUGGUCAAUGACUACAACCCCCAUGUUGGGGGUUCGAGAGAAUACCUGGAUGAGAGCCCCGAUGUGGAGAAGCCCAUUUAUCUACCUGGAAGUUCAGAUCUGAGCUCCGUGACCGGGCUGAAGGGGAGGUUUAGAGACUAUGACACUGCUGACUCUGGAGAUGAGCUGGAUGACAAUGAUUUUGACAGUGAGUACCCUCCCAUAGUGAGCGACGAUGAGCGUCUGGACUAUAAGCGUGAUUUUGACCAUGAUCACAUGGAGUACAAGCGUUUGCAGGCAGAGCUGGACGACAUUAACAUGGGCCUGUUAGAGGUGGACCGGGAACUGGACAGACUCCAGGAAGGCAGUCCCCAGUAUUUGGAUGCGAUGGAUGAAUACAAUAGACUGAGGAAUCUGAAGAAGUCCCCGGAGUACCAGCUGAAGAAGAGGAGAUGUAAAUACCUGAAGGCAAAGCUCGCCCACAUCAAGAAACGGGUCAGCGACUAUGACCGCAGGCCUUGA